CUCUUUUCGUUAUUUUUUUUCGUUAAUGAAAUUAACAAAAUUCACAUACCUUUUAAUUUUUAGACGCUCCUCAAAAGAAACAAUAUUACCAUGCCAUCAGCCGUGUGCCAAAGAGGCGUUCAACGAUUCUUGCAACUCAAAGCGCCGCAUGUUGAGGAAUUCGAGCUUGUCAAUGACGAGGGAAAAACUCCGCAGCAGCUGCUCAAUGAAGCCAAAGUGCUCGUCAUCGGCGCAGGCGGACUCGGGUGCGAGAUUCUUAAGAACCUGGCCAUGUCCGGCUUCAAGGACAUCCACGUAAUCGACAUGGACACUAUCGACAUUAGCAACCUCAACCGCCAAUUCCUCUUCCGCAAGACCGACGUUGGAAGGCCCAAGGCCGAGGUGGCCGCUGAGUUUAUCCGGCGCCGGUCACCCGACGUCAACAUCACAGCACACUAUAAGCGUAUUCAGGAGAUGUCGGAGGAGUUUUACUUAAGGUUUUCGCUGAUUAUCUGCGGCCUGGACUCUAUUGAGGCGCGGCGUUGGAUCAAUGCCUUCGUGUGUGGGCUGGUCGAGACGCACGGGUUUGAGGGAUUCAAGCCUAUUGUUGACGGUGGAACCGAGGGGUUCAAGGGAAACGCGAGGCUGAUUCUGCCGACUCAUUCGGCUUGCUUUGAAUGCGGGCUGACCAUGUAUAGCCCCAAGACUACAUACCCCAUCUGCACAAUCGCCAACACGCCGCGCUUGCCCGAGCACUGCAUCGAGUGGGCGUCAGUGCUCGAGUGGCCACGGCUGUUCCCCAACAAAAAGCUCGAUGGCGACGACGCCGACCAUAUAAACUGGCUGGUGGCAAAGGCGUCGGAGCGUGCAGCGCAGUUCAACAUUACAGGAAUCACGUUUACGCUCACCCAGGGCGUAGUGAAGAACAUCAUCCCAGCCAUUGCCUCGACAAACGCUAUAAUUGCUGCUGCGUGCACUAAUGAGGCCUUCAAGCUUGUCACAUCGUGCAACCCGCUACUUGACAACUACUUGUUCUAUUCGGGCGACGAGGGUAUCCACUCUUACUCUUUCUCCUACGAGAAGGAUCCCAACUGUCUGGUGUGUGGCAACCGCAAGGGUGACUUGACGAUCUCGGGCGAGCGGACAUUGCAGGAUCUUAUUGAUAAGCUGAAGACCAGCCGGGCGUUCCAGCUCAAGGCACCCACGCUCACUAUUGGCGACACCAACCUUUAUUUCCAGAAUCCCGAGGUGCUCGAGCGCCUUACUCGACCAAACUUGGAGAAGAAGCUGAGAGAGCUUUUUGAGAGCAAAUCCACGCUCACUGUCACCGACCAGACGCUGCCGACCAGCCUGCAAGUGACCGUGACAUUUGCCGAAUAGAAUGCUAAAAUAAAUAAUGUUGCAGUAAAAUUAAAUUGUUUCGCCUUUAUUUUUUAUUUCCGUUUGCCAUAAUGUUAGAAUGGCUUUGUUACGUUUACUUGGUUUUAGAAUUCACUCUUUUUUGUUUUGAAUGACCC